AUGCCUUUGCAGCGCGUACUGGAGGAGCAAGUAAAAAGUGCGAUUAGCGACCGCAUGGUAUUUAAAGGAGAGAUCUCCUUCGAUUUACUCCAGGGCCUUCUGAUACAUAUUGCAUGGAGCCAAUACCAUUCGCGUCCUCGCCGGUUCUCUCAGUAUCUGCAUUUGGCAACCAGCAUCAUUGUCGACCGUCGACUGGACAGAGCUCCUGUGUCCUGGGGCCGGGAUGAGCAGAGAGCCGUUACUGGAUGCUAUUACUUUUCGUCAAGCAUAUCGCGAAUCCUUCAAAAGCUAUCAACCUUUCCACACACGCCAUACAUUGAAGAUUGCUGUCAUUCGCUUGCUGCAAGCUCAAUCUAUCCGUCGGACUCACAAUUGCUUCAUAUCGCACAUCUUCAGCGACUUUUGGAAAGUAUUGAUGACCUGUCGCCUCAGAAUGCACCAGAACUUCAUUGUACGGACGCCGUCUUCGAACCCCUUUUCCGCAAGAUGAAGGCCGAGCUAGAUCAGUUCAGAGCUGAUUCCCUCACUGCCUUUGCGCACAAUCAGUUGCUCGUCAUGCAGUUCUACACAGCAGAGCUAUACCUUUGCCAAAUCACCCUCUUUGACCGGAAAACACCGAAUGACUCGAUGUUCUGGUCGUCUCUCCGCGUCGAAGCUCUAUCGGUGGGACUCGUGGCAGCCAGACAGUUCUUUCAAUUCUAUCUCGCGCUCCCGUGGCGUUCAGAGACUGUGUUCAAUAAUACGCAGUGGGUGCAAGGCGGAUUUUGCUUGACACUAGCUGCAAAGCUCUCUGUCGCCGCGUCAGAUUCCUCGAUCAAUCGCCAAGUAGCAAAAUUUAGAGACUCGUUAGACAUGUCUCUGAUACUCCAGCAGGUUAUCCUACGCGUCCAAGCCUUGGUUACGCCCCUAGUGGACGCACGAGGCGAAAGAGAUGUAUUUUACCACUAUGAAAAUCGCCUUAAGCGCUUACAGUUGUGGUAUGAAACUCAGAUGGCGCAGAUUCCCGUCCAGCGCCAACGUCAUGCUUCUCCGAUAGCAAUGGCAUAUAACCCUAUUCUCACCGCAGGGCCAUCUCCAAUUACGACAGAGGAUUUGCAAAGCCAGUGGCCUAGUCUGUUGCCAGAUUCAACCAUUGAUGAUCUAUUCAACGAGUGGAAUCCCGACAUGGGUAUUUAUUUUGGCUUUGAGUAA